AUGGGUGCAACUCAAUACUAUCGCUCUCAGAUAGGCGAGGAGUCUGUGAUCGACUACUCUCACACAGAUCCUCCCUUGAAACUUCUCGCCAAAGAUAUAUACUACUUCUUCAUCUACGUAUGGGCUCUCCCUUGGGUGGUAUGGCCUGUAUAUCCUUGCAAGUCCAAGGAAUUCGACGAGCUGCACCCUUCAUCCCAAAACAUCUUCUGCAUCGUUGUGCACUUUAUCCUCAUCAUCCUGCAACUUGGCUUCGUUCUCGCGUUACCCUUUGCUAUCAUAUUGCCAGUAUGGAUGGCUGGCGCGGGAAUUACUGGCUUCAUGAUCGUGAACUGGCUGCUCUGCAAGCUCCUCAACGGAAAGAAAGAAACCUACAAAUCGGAGGAGAGGUAUGCCAAGGAACUGCCUGAGCACGCUCAUGAGCAGUGGGUUUUCUUGAAUGGUGUUGCUGUCGGAGAACAUUGGAUGCAGUCCAAUCUGAACCGACUGGCAUUGACUUUUGGACGACCCGUCCUAGGUAUUCACAAUCGAACAUCUGGAAUAAUAUUCGACGUCGUGGAAUGUCUCAUCCAAAGGAACUUUGGUUACGCAACUGGAGAUGUCAGAAUUUGCUUUAGACUCCUCAAAGACAUCCUAUACGACCAGAGUAAAUCUAAAGUGGUCUUCAUCUUACACUCCCAAGGAGGGAUCGAGGGCGGACUUGUUCUCGACUGGCUGCUCCAAGAGCUGCCGCAGGAUCUCAUGUCUAAACUAGAGGUUUACACAUUUGGCAACGCGGCCAAUCAUUUCAACAACCCCCACCGUCACAGAUCUUCGGCAACUCUAUCUCGCCUCAACCCUCUUUCUGCCAUGAGCACAUUCUUGACUGAGUCCAGCUUCGAUUCUCCUUCCAGCAGCCCCGUGGAAACAAAGCUUGACUCAAACAACAAGACCCGCAACCCUGUCAGAAAGGAAUCUUCUGGUGUGUCGACACGAUCUGUAUCUGCGGCAAAAGACAGGUGCAUCAAGCACGUUGAGCACUAUGCGAAUGGCACAGAUUUCGUUGCCAUCUGGGGCAUCCUCCACUUUGCCACAAACAGAAUGGAAUCGAGAGAACUCCCACGCUUCCAGGGAAGACUAUUUGCGCGAGCGGACGGUCGCUACGGAGGACAUCAAAUGAACCAACACUACCUCAACGCCAUGUUCCCACUUAAACAAGACGCUGAUACUGGAGAGUAUACUGGUGCCGAUGAAGACAACGAGUUCAUGGAAGAGGAAUUCAAAGUUGGCGAGGAAGGCAGCGCCUCGGCGAACGCAAGAGAAGCAUUCGAGAUAUCAUGGGCUGGAACCCAGGGGUUCGGGACUGGAGAUGCCUCAACUCCGAUUGAAAUCCAUGGAAUCUCUGAGAAACUCAAGAGAGCGACCGAGAACAAUGGAAUUAGAGUGAAGGACGUGAGUCGUCUAUGGAGUUACAGAAACGGCCGAAGUCCUAUUGAGUUGCCUUCAAUGCUGGUAGAUGAGAACGGCGUCGCCAGGACUGCUACUUUAUAA